CCUCGAGGCAACCCUUCCACAGACAGUCCGCGACUUUAUCCAACGACCUCUUAUUCUCACCUCAUCAAAAACCGAAGGAACCUUUGAUUGUGAGCCUACUUUAUUGCCGCUAUGGCUUCCAAGACCAAGUACCAGACGGCGCCCCAGAGCGACCCAGACGACGACUACACCCACGCGCCCCCCGCCUAUGCUGAGGGUUCCGCCGCUCGCGAUGAGACACAGGGUCUGUUUGGUGCGCCCCGCGACAGCGAGGACAACCUCCCCGAUGACUUCAAGUUCGGCGGCUCUGUAGCUGAGGCUACAGUUGACAUUCGCAAUCAGUUUGUCCGCAAGGUUUACACCAUCCUCACUGUCCAACUCCUUGCCACUGCUGGAGUGAGCAGCCUCACCUUUUUCAGCACCGGCUACAAGGAUUGGAUCCAAAGCCAUCCUGGUGUCGUUUGGGCUUCACUCUUUGGUUCUAUGAUCUUUAUGGGCCUCACCUACUGGAAGCGCAAGUCCUACCCAACCAACCUUCUUUUCCUCUCGCUCUUCACUCUUGCCGAAGCCUACACCAUCUCUGUUAUAGUGUCGUUCUACAAGACGUCCAUCGUCCUAAACGCCGUUGUCCUCACUGCCGGAAUCUUUGUCUUCCUCACCCUUUUCGCUUGCCAGACAAAGUACGACUUUACCUCAUGGAUGCCUUAUCUUUUCGGUGCCCUCUGGGGUCUCGUCAUCUUUGGUUUCAUGGCCAUGUUCUUCCCUUACAGCUCCACUGGUGAGCUUAUCUAUGGUGGUCUUGCCGCUCUCAUCUUCAGCGGUUACAUCCUCGUCGACACCCAGCUUGUCUUGCGCCACCACCACGUUGAGGAGGAGAUUGCCGCUGCCAUCAGCCUUUACCUCGACAUCAUCAACCUCUUCCUUGCCAUCUUGCGCAUUCUCAACAGCCAGUCUAACAACUAAGCUUGUUGAUCUACAAAAGUCCCAACGUGACAUAGAAGCAAGAGCUAUGGCAGUGCAGCUUGAUUUUUCAUGUUUAGUUCAUCCCGGUAUUGCAAAGAUUGUGUGCUGUACCAGCCGGCUCAUCAGAGUCGUAUCUUAAUAUGUAUGGAUUAUGGACGGUUCUCUUCAUGAGACCGUAAGAAAUGGCGUUUUCUGGAGAGUUUGCCUUCCUUUUUUUCGCACCAUUUCCUGUAGCAACUCGACAUCGGAUCGAGAAAAUAAAUCAAUAUACAGAAUUACCCACAAAGAAUCACAACGU